AUGCGAAAGUUGGAAUGGGACGACAUGGGAGUGGAGGUUGAUGGUCGGCAGCUACACCAUUUGCGCUUUGCUGAUGACAUCGUAUUGGUAACACCUAGCAUCAGCCAAGCGGAACGAAUGCUGACCGAAUUCGACGAAACAUGUGGAUGCAUUGGUCUUCAGCUGAAUCUACAAAAGACGAUGUUCAUGCGGAACGGAUGGGUCUCGGAUGCCCCAUUCACGCUCAACGGAACGAACAUAUCCAGUGCACCAGCUACGUUUAUCUGGGUCGGGAACUGA